AGUGUGCACCGGCCCCCCGAGCCCUCGAAGUCGCUGCCGCACCGGGACCGGACACCCCCUCCGGAUUACAAAGAUGAGCACCGUAAACAGCCGCCAAAGUUCCUCUUACCGCCGUAUGUUCGGGGGCGGCAGCCGGCCCAGCACCUCCGGCAGCCACCGCUAUGUCACGUCCUCGAGCCGCUACUCGGUGGGCAGCGCCAUCCGGCCAAGCAGCGUCCGCAUGGUCUCGUCCGCGCCCGGCGGGAUAUACGCGACCAAGUCGGUGCGGUUGCGCAGCAGCCUGCCGCCCAUGCGCCUGGUCGGCGAUGCCGGCGUGGAUUUUUCCUUGGCCGACGCCAUCAACUCCGAGUUCAAGGCCAACCGCACCAACGAGAAAGUCGAGCUGCAGGAGCUCAACGACCGCUUCGCCAACUACAUCGACAAGGUCCGCUUCCUCGAGCAGCAGAACAAGAUCUUGCUGGCCGAGCUCGAGCAGCUGAAGGGCAAAGGCACGUCCCGCCUGGGCGACCUCUACGAGGAAGAGAUGCGCGAGCUCAGGCGGCAGGUGGACCAGAUCACCAACGAUAAGGGCCGAGUGGAGGUGGAGAGGGACAACCUGGUAGACGACAUCAUGCGCCUGCGGGAGAAACUUCAAGAUGAGAUGCUCCAGAGAGAAGAAGCUGAAAACAAUCUGCAGUCUUUCAGACAGGAUGUUGACAAUGCCUCCUUGGCCCGUCUGGAUCUUGAACGUAAAGUCGAGUCCCUGCAAGAAGAGGUUGUGUUCUUGAAGAAGCUUCAUGAUGAGGAAAUCCGUGAGCUUCAGGCCCAAAUCCAGGACCAGCAUAUCCAAAUUGAUAUGGAUGUUGCCAAACCAGAUCUCACUGCUGCCUUGCGUGAUGUGCGUCAACAAUAUGAAAGCGUUGCUAAUAAGAACCUUCAGGAAGCUGAAGAAUGGUACAAAUCUAAAUUUGCAGAUCUGUCUGAAGCCGCUACCCGGAACAAUGAUGCCCUGCGCCAGGCCAAACAAGAAGCUACUGAGUACCGCAGGCAAAUUCAGUCUCUCACCCUUGAAGUGGAUGCACUUAAAGGAACUAAUGAAUCCCUGGAACGCCAGAUGCGUGAGAUGGAGGAUAACUUUGCUGUCGAAGCUGCUAACUACCAAGACACUAUUGCCAAUCUCCAAGAAGAAAUUCAGAACCUGAAGGAAGAAAUGGCUCGCCAUCUUCGCGAGUACCAAGAACUGCUGCAUGUAAAGAUGGCUCUUGAUAUUGAAAUUGCCACUUACAGGAAACUGCUGGAGGGAGAGGAGAGCAGAAUUACAAUGCCUAUUCAAACUUUUUCUACCAUGAACCUGAGAGAAACAAACCUUGAGUCUAUCCCAAUUGACACCCACUCAAAGAGAACACUCCUAAUCAAGACUGUUGAAACUAGAGAUGGACAAGUUAUCAAUGAAACCUCUCACCAUGAUGAUCUGGAGUGAAGAGAGGAUAGUACAUCUCCUUCUGUGGAAAUGAACGCUCACCAGCAAGACUAAAAAGAGAAACCGCUUUCAAGUGCCUUUCUGCAGUUUUUUCAAGAGUGCAAAGUGGUUAUGCUAGAACAAAUAGGUAUUAAUUAGAUCUUGCAAAGUGACUCUCUCUUCAUGGAAUUUACAGAAAAGAAGUUUAGUUAAAAUAACAAUAUCUGCAGUACCGUUUUUUUAAGUUUCUAAAUUUAAUAAAACAGCUUUUUUUCAGUACAGUAUGAGCAACCUCUCACUACUUCAAUAAACAUUUGGGAAAUGGCUUAAUAA